CAAUUCAAAUGAGCAUUAUGAUAAUGAUUACUAGUACUUAUCAUCGGCUUAUGUCUCGCUCAUUGUUGAGUCGAGUGCAGUGUAGACUACUGCUAUACUGAAUACUCGUAGUCAUUUCAAUUCAGUUGGGACCUGCUACUUUUUUUGGGAACAUCGCACCGCUGAAAAUACGCAUGCAACAUCUUCGAUUCUAGAGAAAAGCCGAGGAGUGCUUGGGAGAUAUUGCGCAGCUCCAAUCUCAGCAGCUGUGUCAUGGCGUUAGCUGCAUCCGCUCCGCUGUGCGUCCCUCAAAGUUAUGAUCCAAGCUUUCAAGUGGAUGUUUGCCUAGAUGACUCGCUGCGGGCAUCCGCCGUGCUUUCGGACUUCUUCCUGGCGGAGUUCUUUUCCCGGUUGAGCCUUUUGGAUAUUGUUCUCCGCAAGCACAUACAGCUUUCCAAGGCACAGAAGAAUGUAGACAAAGCCAGCCGCCUAUCAAUGGGCUCUCACCUAAGCCAAGCACAGGAACUCAGCAAGCAGCUGGAUGAAAUGGUGGAAGAGUUGAACUUACCAGCACCACUUCCACUCCAGGACUUCAUCUCGGAGAUGGAGCUGGCAGAUAUUAUGCCCAAUGCCCUAUCUUUUGUGCAGAACUCAUGCAAGGAACCUGGCCGUUUGUACACAUCCAGGCUGGACUACUACCUGACAGAGGUGAACAUGUUGCAUCAACUACACUCUAUGUCGUCUAUGAUCGCCCAAGAAGUUGCGCUGGGGCAGUCACAGAAUCAGAAGUACCUUGCUCACCAAGUUGUCAUUCUCUAUACUCUAAUCAAGCAGCUAGGACCGGACAUGGCGGCAAUCAGAUCGUCCCUCGAGGCUAACUUUGACAACCUGAAGACAGCAUGCAGUUCCGGUUGCGGACGAAUGCCUGAAAAGCUGGCUACUUGGUUGACCAAACUAUGCACGUCACUGGAGUCCGUGUCACUCAACCUACCGGAGCAAUGUAACCGAUUCCAGCAUCUGCAGCAUGUCUACCAGGCAUUCGAGACUCAGUGGUACAUGGCCAGCUGAGAGCGGAGAGUGAGCGAAUGAAAGACUACCGGAGAGAAUCAACCACAGCCUGCUAUCGUCAUGCUCACAAACAGAAACAGUAAGAAACCGAUCAUAUGCCGCCGCCAACGCAGCCAUACACAUGCCAUCAUGUAGACAAGCCAUGCCGCUGGCACUGUGCUGUGCAGGCAUCUCUAGCUUAGCAUGAACAGUACGGAGUAUGACAUCAUCGUGACUAUCACCAGUUCCUCUCUGGCAUGCUGUGCUAACCGAGCCGCUGAUUUGUGGCCUCUUGAAUCCCAGGUGAAACAAGCUGCCCAUACCGAGUUAUGCCAUGCUACACUGACCUUGACUUGCACCCUAACCAGCCAAACCUGCCAGGUACUAACGGUACACUCAUGAAACCGCCUCAGCUUACUUUUCAUGUAACUCCGCUGCUCAUCUUCCGCUGCUCAUCUUCUGCAGGUCAACAACCUGCGCUUAGGUUUGGUCUAUUUUUUACCGAUUUAUCCGUUUUUAACAGAAAGCCGCCACACUAAAUCCACAAGACCACAACCCAGUGUCAUGCAAUCUGUGCCAUACUGCCAAACCCAGUGUCAUGCAAUCUGUGCCAUACUGCCACACCCCAGUGUCAUCCUGUCCGCUCUACUCAUGUACCGUCCUUACUCAGCGCUCUGCUUGCAUUCGUUUCGGGGUUAUUUUUGUAUUGUCUUAGUAAACUGUGUGCACUUUAAGACGGCUGCGUCAAAGACCCAGACUAUCACUAUUUGUCUUUAAAAAGACAGUGUAUUUUCUUCAAGAAAUACAUGUAGAUCAAUAUAAUGCUCUGAAACGCAGCGUUCUGGAUGCACCACCCUGGCGUGGUGUCGCAGA